UCAUAAUCAACAACACAAAUCCUCUUCUCCUGAUCCGUUCUUGAUCUGUGAUCUUGAAUCUCUGGCUAAUGGAAGCGUUCGAAGAGGCCACAAAGGAGCACUCUUUGAUCCUUAAAGGGAAGCGGACGAAGCGACAACGUCCACAAUCUCCUAUUCCUUUCUCUAUCUCCCAUCCUAUAGUUUCUUCCUCGGAACGUAACAUGGAAGAAGAAUUCACUGAUCUUGAUUCCAAGGACAAUGCUUUAGGAAACGAUGAGGGAAACCACAAAAAGGAUGGUGUGAUCACGUCUUCAUCUUCAUCAGCCUCUUGGUCCUCUCACAACAACCCAACAUUGAAGGCCGCAGAAGACGAGGAAGAUCAAGACAUAGCCAAUUGUUUGAUCCUCCUUGCCCAAGGACACUCUCUUCCCAACAACAACCACCACGUAACAAACAACAACAACAACAACAACGCAUAUAGAUUUACCAGCAGGAGGUUUCUAGAGACUUCUUCUUCUAACAGUGGUGGUAAAGCAGGUUACUACGUUUAUCAGUGCAAGACAUGUGACCGGACUUUUCCUUCUUUUCAAGCUUUAGGUGGCCAUAGAGCUAGCCACAAGAAACCUAAAGCCGCCUCUUUUUACUCCAAUCUUGACCUCAAGAAGAACAUCUAUGCAAACGACGCCGUUUCACUUGUACACACAACCACAACUGUUUACAAUAACAACAAGAACAAUAACAGUAGAUCGCUUGUCGUGUACGGUAAGGCAAGUAACAAUAAGGUUCAUGAAUGUGGAAUCUGUGGAGCCGAGUUUACGUCCGGGCAAGCCUUAGGUGGCCACAUGAGACGGCACAGAGGCGCAGUGGUUGCCCCGGCGGCGGUUACCCCCACCGUGACGGUGGCCACCGCUGCGGCCAACACGGAGCUAUCACUGUCUUCAAUGUCGUUCGAUCAAAUAUCGGACGGUCAGGAUCAUCUGGUGAUGCCAGCGACAAAGAAAGCUAGGAAGACGAUCGUGUCACUGGAUUUGGAUCUGAAUCUACCCGCACCGGAAGAUGAGAAUCGAGCCAACGGAUUCAGCUUUGCUUCAAAGCAAAAUCACGAACAAGAACAUCAACAGAAGAAGCAAAGAGAAGAACCAAAGUCUCUUGUCUUGGCCUGCGACUUCGACUCCCCCACCAAGAGGAUCAACGAUAUGGUACUGAAGGAGAAUGAAGAGAUGGUUGUGUUCAGAGAGAUGCAAGAGCGUGAAAGGAUGAAGCCAGAAAUAGAGAUAAGCUUUCUUGAAGAGCAGAUUAAUGCGUUGCGUAAGAAGAAUGAGAAGCUGAGGAAGAAGAACAGUAAAUAACAAUGCUCUUAAAGGGACAGAACAAAAGCCCAAUUAUUUUAUUUUGUCUCUGCAGGUUUUUUCUUUCUCUUGUACUUCUUUAACUUAUGUUUCCAUGGAAUCUCACGAGACUUUACUUGAGCUAUGUGGUUGGAUUGACUCUCUCUAUUGCAUAAUUAGGAUUAAAUAAAAUUAGGAUCUGAGA